GAAAUAACAUGAUUGAAGCAGUUGUUUAAACAUACACUGUAGGGAGAGUAUUGCAAUGCUCCUUCUUAUUAGAUAGAAAGUUGGCUGCUACUCUACGUAUUCUGUGCUCUCAUCCCUGCAUGAUACAGUCAUACUACUCUAGAACUUUAAUUGUAUUUAUCUCAACUGAUGAAUUGGGCGAUAAAGGGAGACAAUUGUUUGAUAAAUAGCUUUUAUUAUUCUAUGAAAAGUAAAUUCAUGGUUUAACUAUUCUGUAUACUCCCAUAGUCCAAAUCACGAGUUGAUAUUGAUUACACUACAAUUGAAAACCUGGAAGGAUUAGAAGUUCAUUUCAUCUUAGUAAGGGACUCAUCAACAGUACGCAUCCACGAACCCGCAUCCGGUAAUUGAACCCAAAACCUUCAUUUUUUCUCUCGAAUACCUAAUCUCUAGACCACUGAAUCGGGAUUCAAUGGUGUUGUGGUGCAUACAAUCUACUCGGACAGAUAUAAAUAGUAUGUAGCAGUAAUCGGAUGUGCUAUAUGUGCCAGCUGAAAGUUGAGAAGAUUGAAUUGAAGAAAAUAGGAAGCGAAGAAGAGAACAAUUGUAGUAACAACAGAAGUGAAAGAAUCAUCAGACUUCAUUGUUCUUUGGCUUUCAUAUCAAACACUCUAUGUUCCCGUUCUCUUUUAUUCGAUCUUCUUAGCCUUCUGCUACCAGAACCCGUUUACCUUGAACUCUUAGAUGUUCUACCAACAAGUGUGUUACUAAACGUAUUCCAUGUUAAAAUAUUAGAUCAAUGUGUAAUAUGCAUGGAAAAAUAUUGUAUUGGAGAUGAAGUGAUACGACUUCCAUGUUUUCAUGCAUUUCAUGAUCAUUGUUUUGUAGAUUGGAUUUUAGAGUGUUUAGAUUGUCCAAUAUGUCGAUGGCCAGCAUUUGAAUUUGAAUAA